UUCUGUCUGAGUCUCUCCUGGCGGUUCACUUCGAUUGCCCAUCUCUGCUUGCCGGGACAAUAUCACGGAUAUCCGAGCUCUCUUUUGCCAUCGUCUUUUGUAUCUACAGCUCCAGAUUUCGUCGUCCAGCUGCUGCUGAGCCGAUCUGCCGCUUUGCAACCAUGGCUUCCACAAUAACUGUUGCUGUCAAGCACCAGGGCAAAAAGUACAACGUAGAUGUCGAUCCCGAGUCCACGGGCCUGGACUUCAAGCUCCAGCUAUUCAGCCUUACCAAUGUCGAGCCCGAACGGCAAAAGAUCCUCAUCAAGGGCGGCCAGCUCAAAGAUGACGCAGAUAUGAGCAAGCUGGGCCUCAAGGCCGGCCAGAACAUCAUGAUGAUGGGCACCCCGGGAGAUGGUGGCGCAGAUCUGGUUCGUCCGUCCGAGGCGAUCAAGUUUGUCGAGGACAUGACCGAGGCCGAGCAAGCUCAGCAAGUUGGCGCUACUCCCGCAGGUCUCGUCAAUCUCGGCAACACUUGCUACCUGAACUCGACUCUGCAGACGCUACGUUCGAUUCCCGAGCUCCAGACGGCUCUUACUACUUACAAUGCUAUACCUGGCACAAGCCGACAGGAUCUGGCUUCCCAGCUCUCCAACCUUUACAAGAAGAUGGGUGCCACGCUUGAUUCUCUCCCGCCUUUGGAUUUUUUGGCGGCGCUGAGGGUUGUCUUCCCUCAGUUUGCCGAGAAAUCGAAAAGUGGACCAGGGUACGCUCAGCAGGAUGCUGAAGAAGCCUGGUCUCAGAUUGUCCAGCAACUCGGCCAGAAAUUGACAAUCAAGGGCUCUUCUGACGCACCUGGAGUCUCGUUCGUCGAAAAAUACAUGGCAGGACGGUUCACUUCAGUCCUCGAGUGCGACGAGGAGGAGGCCCGGAACGGAGGCGAAACGGCCAUCACAUCCAGCGAUGCCUUUUAUAAGCUCGACUGCCACAUUGAUUCCCAGACCAACCAUUUGAGAGACGGAAUUUUGGCUGCGCUGAGCGAGCAGCUAGAGAAGAGAUCUGAGGUGCUUGGCCGCGACGCCACUUAUACCAAAAAGUCCAAGAUAUCCCGAGCUCCCAAGUACCUCACCGUCCAUUUUGUGCGCUUUUUCUGGAAGAAGGAGACGAAGAAGAAGGCCAAGAUCAUGCGCAAGGUCACUUUCCCCCAAGAGCUGGACAUUGUCGAAUUCUGCUCUGAUGACCUCAAAUCGGCCCUGAUUCCCGUCCGAGACAAAGUUCGUGAGGUUCGAAAGGAUGAGGAAGAUAUCGAUCGCGCCCGUAAGCGUCGUAAGAAGACGCAUGACAAGGAUAUGAGCGACGUUGCUGGUGGUUCGGGCCUGCCUUCAGAGAGAGAGCUGGCACAGAAGAAGAAGAAGGAGGAGGAGAGCAAGCCGCAGCAGGCGGAUGACGGCGAUACCGUCAUGGGCGAGACUUACAAGACAGAUGCCCAGGUCGAGGCGGAGAGCGAGGCUGCCCUUCUGGCUGCCAAGAAGGAGCUCAACUCCUUGAUAAAUCCUUCUCUUCGUGAUGACGAUGGCGCCAACCAAUCUGGCCUGUACGAGCUGCGCGGCGUUGUCACCCACCAGGGCGCUAGCGCGGAUAGCGGCCACUACACGGCGUACGUCAAGAAGACUGGCUCCGUAGAUCCCAAGACGGGCAAGAAGGAGAAGGAGGAUGGAAACUGGUGGUGGUUCAACGACGACAAGGUAACCGAGGUGACAGUUGACAAGGUUGAGGCCUUGGCCGGCGGUGGCGAGUCUCACUCAGCCCUGAUUUUGCUUUACAAGGCGAUUCCUCUACCCAGCUCUGAGGGUGUUGAAGAGUAAAGCAAGGUCACAACUAAAUCAUUGGUAUACCGCAUCACUCUGCCUCUCUCUCAGUGCCUAAAAGGAGAGGGAAACGAAACACAAUUAAAAAAUGGAAAUUGGAACAAUAUGGAAGUUGGGCGUUUGGAUUAGUUACUAGUAGGCGAAGAUGACCAAGCAUAGACUUUUGUCUAGAUUGUUGGAUCGUCUUGUCCUUAGACAUAUGCCAUAAUGAAUAGAACGGAACACGAAUUGGGUCAAGCGGGCCAAAUAAAACAUGUUAUUUAUGAAACCAAAAAAAAAAAAAAAAAAACCUCUUGUGCAAGU